CAAUGCAGUACAAAGGAUUGAGCUGUGUUUUUCAGAGGCCUGCCACCUGUUAAAUUUCCCUCUUUCCCUUUUACCCCCCACCCCCAAAGUCAGCUGGGAGAAAGGGGGCCCUUUUGUCCCAACAUAGUUCCCUGCAGAGUUGCCAAGCUUGUUCAAGUUGGAAUUUUUGCUCGCUCUCGCCCGUUAAUCGACGGCUCGGUGCAGGAAAUAACAUGGAGAACAAGUUUCUCAAAUGGAUUCUGACGCUUUGCAUGUUUUACUCAGUGUCAGGUGAAGGCUGCUCCCUCAUCCUCAAGCCUUCCAGGGUCGUGGUGGGUUUUGGGGAGUCGGUGUCGGUCAGCUGCGAGGCCGCUCGCCCGGUGCGCGUCCUGGGCUGGGAGUCGGCCAUCAGCGCCGCGCACACUCAGCAGGACUUGUCCGUCCAGUGGAAGGUGGACAGUCUCAUUGACUGGAUAGAGGAGCCGAUCUGCUAUGGUGUGUUUUUCACAGCUCCGAGACAGUGUGAGGAAAAACUCAACCUCGUCCUCUACAAAACUCCAGACAGCGUUUCGAUCAGGCCUGUGAACCACACCGGCCCCAUGGUUGAAGGGAAAGAGUACCAGCUGCUCUGCGAGGUGCAGAAUAUUGCACCUGUUCAGUACCUCACCCUGAGGUGGUACAAGGAGCAGACGGAGGUCUAUAACCACUCCUUCUCCGACCUCACAUCUCCCUCACCUGUCCAAGUGUCCUCUAUCCUUAUGGUCACGCCAACCAAAGCCGAGAACGGAGCACAGUACAGGUGCGUAGCGGAGCUGGAGCUCGGACCAGAGGGACCACAACCACCUCCUACUGUGACCUCGGAGCCUCUUAACGCCUCUGUGUACUUUCCCCCAACGUUCCCCAGUCCCGAGCCAGAGGUCUUGGACCUUAUAGCAGGUGCCGAACUGACCUUGAACUGCACUGCCAUAGGAAACCCCACACCCAUGUACAGCUGGCAAUCCUCCAAUCCCAUUCAGGAGAGGAUGGAGGAUGAAGCAGUUCUUACCUCCUCCUCACUGCAGCCAGGGACCUACACCUGCACUGCCUCCAAUCCACUGGAGAAGAGGAGCAAGCAGUUCAUUGUCAAGGCCAAGACCAAAGGUGUUUGAAACAAGAGAUCUUGAGACGGGAUCAGAUGACCACAUUGGACACACAAGGAGAAUUCAGCUAAGGGGAUUUUACUGUUGCUGCUUUGGAGACAGAAAUGACAUUCAUGACUCAACAGAUAUUUAUGACGAUCUUGCUAUCAGGCAGAAUUAGAUCUCAUUUAAUAGAUCUGAAUAUACUAUGUUGUCAUUUAAUUUGUCAGUAUUUUAACAUGAAUGUAUUCUGUGAGGUAGAUCGGUGGUUUAGGAUAUAGGUCACUUUUUAUGCUUCCCAUGUGAUACCCUUACUCUAAUUUAUAUUAUUUGCUAGACUUAUUUUCGUAUUAAUGAAAUUAUCUUGUAACCGCUACUCUUGAUAUAGUGAUGAUGACUACAUUAUUAUUAAUGCAUGCUGGAAAUUUAAUACACAAUGUUAAAGAUCAGCAGGCCAUUACUGUAAAUAUU